AUGCCAGAUGCUUCUAGUAUCUGUUUUGUUCAUGGUGAUUUCUUAUCAGAUUUCUCUUUCUCACACAGCCACAUUCUUUUUUGCAGUUUUGACUGAAUUUCACAAUAGAUAUCUCCUUUGGUUAUGAUUUCAAUAUUUUGGGUUUCUUCAUCAAUGUUGAUACAUUCAUUAUAAAGUUUACAACAGGGUGGAUCUUAUAACAGGAGCUUUAACUUCUUUUGGAUCACGAAUGAAACCGCCUUAUCCUUAAAUUACUCUCAUACAUGCACAAAAAAUAAUUUGUUAAAUUACAAGUUAUAAAAAAACUAAAAGUACUUACAAGUUACAAAAUAACUGAUUUUAGUAACUUUUUAACUUUUUCUUUGUAAAUAGUUACUGCUUAGCUUUGACCAGUGACUGUUAAUAUUCGCAUCUGUGGUUUUUAAUGGUUAUAUUAAAUUUUUUGGAACCUAAUGAUUUUAAUGAUCCAAUUAUAUUUUACAUAUACACAAUUAUAUUAUAUUUUAUUAUUGAAAUGAUCGUGACAUAGAGAUUACGAAAAAAAAUUGCAUCUAUUCAAAAUAAUAAUUUUAAUACUACAUUUGAUUUUUAAUCUAUAGAGCCUACUCGUGAAGAACCUGAAAUGCUAGUUGAAUAUAUUAAUGUGAAUAUUUUAACUCACUAUAUUCAGAAUUCUUCCAGCAAUGAACUCAAUCUCACAUUAGAUAUCAAGCAACGGGAAUUAGAAUGCAUUUAUGGAAUUCAAAUUAUUUGCUCUGUACUUGAGCAGCUUGGAGGUUAGACACAAAUCAUUUUAUUAUUAAAUUAAUUUUUUUUUCGUUUGCAAAAUAUUCAUUAAUAUAGAUAAUGAUUAUAAUAAUAAUGUCUAAGCUCAAGAACUACUUAACCAAUUUUAAAAUUUCUUUCACCUAUAAAAAGCUACAUAAUCAGUGAGUAACAUGGGCUGUAUUUUAUUUUCGAAAAAUUAGGGAUCCUUAAAAAAAUUAUAAUAUUUAGGUUUUUAGGUAUUUUUGAUAUGAAUAUCUUAUUGUUUAUUUAUUUAUUUUUGUUUAUUCAUGGGUUACCUUGGUGACAUGGAUGGCAAUUUAAUUCUCAUGGAUAAGAAAACUAUUGUUAUUAUUUUUAUUUAUACCAUUAUCUGGCAAUACCAAAGAAUUGUCAGGUUAGCUAGUAUAAUAUAAAAUUAAUAUUGAUUUUUUUAAAUUUAUUUUGCCUAAUAGUUGAACUGAUUUCGAAAAUAAUUAAAAAGCUCUAUCAUGAUGGAAUUGUAACUGAAGAAACUUUAAUUUUUUGGAAAAAUGAAGACAAAAAUAAAAUUGGUUUUAACAAAGUUGCAGACUCAAAAGCAGUGGCAGUUGAAGCAUUGGACCCAUUAUUCAGUUUAUUUAAAACCCAACCGAAACUAUCAAAAUACCGAAUUUGGUUAAAUAAUGUAUUGCCUACAAUAUUCCAUAAAUGAUUGCACUGGACAUCGCAAAACACUCAUAUAUGUAUUCCAUAUAGUGAACUAAGAAUGAGCGGCAUCACUGCAAGCAUGUUUAUUUAUAAUAAAUUAGAUAUGUCAAUUGGUGCAACAAUCAGACAAGUCUGAUCAUUAAAUACUACAGAUUUCUAUACUAGUAUAGAAUUCUGUGUUAAAUAUAGAGAUAUUGUACAAAUGGCGAUAUAUGGUUUUUAUCAUGAUAUAAUUAACUAGGUAAGGAAAUGCAAGAAAGACAUUGAUCCUUCUGAUUGGUUUAUAAUUUUUGGCGGUUUUUUAAAAAUGUUUUUCUUUUCAUGAUAGUUUUUAAUCAUAGACAUAUUAUUUAAUUAUUAUUAUAUGCUUUUAUACUCCUUCUUUUUUCUUGUAGAUAACUUUUCUACCAACAAUUUUGCUUUAAUAGAAAAACGACGAAUACUUUUUUUGUUGCAUUCAUAAUCUUUUAAUAGUGAGUAAGUAACUGAUUUUUUGAUUUUUUUUGUGUUUUUAUUAAUAUUUAGGAAAAACGAAAAACGAAAAAAAUACAUAAAAAUGAAAACUGACUAAUUUACGGUGUUACAAUUUCAUUAAUUUAAAUUUCUACGCUUUCUUCCAGAAAUAUUGCUUCAAUAGAGAAAUAUAAGAGUCCUUUUUUGUUGUAUUUUUAGUAUUAUUAGUGAAUAAGAAAAUUUUAUUUCGGUUAGGAUGGCUGUCACAACAGUACUAUUUUAGAGAGGUAAAAUAAAAUAUGUGGGAAAGUCGAUUUCAAGUAGACUUGACAACAAUUAAAUUCAAAUCUGUUCUUAGAAUUCGUUUCAUUUCACUAGAAGAAUCGGUACAUUGAAAUUAAAAUACUUCUAAAUUUCUAUGCCCCACGUGGUAAGACAGAGACAGAAAAUCACCGCUUCUAAUCCCCUUGAAUGAUAAUUAUGUCCAAAUGAAUGUAACCUGCAAAAUGAAUACAUGUGUACUUAUUUCAGUUAUUUUAUAGUAGUGUAGAACAAAAAAGAUCUGUUCGAUCUAAAGGAGAUAGAUUUUUAUUUGUAUUAAAUUUUUCUUAAUAUUGAGGUUGAUAUUAUGCAAAUUAUUAUUAUUAUUUUAUUCUUUACAAUAUGUUUAUAAGAAUAAUGUGAAAGUAUAGAUUUAGUUUGAGUAUAUUAUUACAUUUAAUAAUACAUAAUUUGUUUUUUAUAACAAAAUUUAGUCAUUUAUUUAAUAAUUUUUAAUGAUUAAAAGCCACUAACUGAUAUUAAAAUAUUACAGACACUACAGAAAAAAAUAAUUUUUUUAAAUUUAAACCACAAUUGUUAAAUGUAUUGAAAUCUUCAAAGUUAGUUCAGCUGAAUUUGUUCAGCUGAAAUAUGUGAAUAUAAUCUGUAUUAUCAUUUGAAAUGUAACACUUACUAAUGUACAAAUAGUCAAAGAAAUUAUGCAAGUACUAACAAAAUUUUAAAAAUCUGUAUUUUUAGUUUGUAUUAAUUUUUUGCUAAACAGUAAAAACUGUUAAAGAGUAUUUUAUUUAAAAAAUCGAACAUGCUGGGAUUAAGAAAACUCUACCUGAUUAUAAUAAUUAUUUCUACAACAAUUUUUAAUUCAAAUAAUUCCCAUGCUAGUAAGUUGAAUUACAUAAUAUAGUCUGAUAUACCUAGUAAAAUAUUUCUUACAUGCAAUUUUGUUUAAUGAUAUAUUAUACAUAAAUCUAUAGUCUACGCCUAUAUACUUACCUUCUGUAUUUUAGGUGUACUAAUGAUACAGAUGAUAAUAUUUAUAAUAAUAAUUAUUUAUAUAUAUACAUUUUACAUAUUGUUUUAUAUAUUUGUAUCAAUAUUACUAAGGUAUUACAGUAACAUUUUACUGUCUGCCUCUUUAACGAGUACCUAAUAAAGCAAAAAUGUAUAUACAUAAUUCCAAUAGUACUUGGAGUUUAAUAAUAGAUCUAAAAUAAAAAUUAUUUCACUAAGUUUCUUAAAAAGAAAAUGUUUGAUAUUUAUUUCCUAGAUUAUCUAUUCAUAUGUCAAACAUUGAAAACAAAUUAUUUUUUGUCUUACUAAAGAUUGUAAAAUGAUUAUAUUAAAAAAUUCCUAUUUGAAAACAUUGUAAAUGUUAUCAAAAAUUAUAAUAUUAAUUCUUUAAUUUGAUGAAAUCAUUUUUGUUUUACAUUAAUCAAAUCCUGAGCACAACUUUAUUGGAAGUAUAAAAACAUAUUUUUAUGUGUUGCCUGUUAAAUAUAGGUACAGAGAUAAAAAAUGUUAUUAGGUAGUGGCGUAUCCAGGAAUAACCCAAGGAGGGUUAAUGACCUUUUUAUUUUGCUGGUAAUAAAAUAAUGUUAGUAAAAAUAUAUCGUCCUGAAACGGAAAACUGUAAAGGCGCCACUGAGUUGUAUGCUAAUUGAAUAAUACAUUUAUGAUUAGCCGAAUAAUGAUGUUUGGGAAUGUUAAUAUUAUUCCUAAUUACUGUAAAUGCAGUACACACUUUUUAUAGACAGGUAAACUAUAAAAUAAAAAAAACUUUUUAUUAAAUUGUAAUACAGUGGAUUCUGCUUAAUGUGAAAACCGGUUAAUGUGAGCAGCCGCUUAAUAUGAGCAUAAUAGUCUGGUUCCGAUUCUAAUGUAUAACGAUACUAAUUUCGGUUAAAAUGGGCAACCGUUUAAGAGGACGCUAUACCCGCAUGUGCUGUUUCACUCCAAUUAACGGGCGAAAUAGCAAAAUCUACUUUAGUUGGAGUUGUUGUUAGUUAGGUAGUUGGAGUGAAACAGCACAUGCAGCUACAGCGUCCUGUUAAUGUGGACAAAUGUAAUUAGCCCCAACGUGCUCAAAUUAAGCGGAAUCCACCGUAUUAUUAUUAUUUAAUAAUAUUAAUAUAUUUGCAUUUACUUUAUAAAUUAUAAGCUAUAGGUAGCAAUCAUAUUUUCCUAGAGUCUUUCACAAAGUUAUUAAGAACUUCAUCUAUUGUUAAAAUUAUUUCACGAUGAAUAUUUAGUAAUGUUAAACUAUUUAAUCUAUUUCCUCCAAUAGUGUUUCUAAAGUAGUUUCUUGAGUCUUUUUAAUGUAGAAAAUGAUAUUUCACUGCUUACUAGAGUUACGGGAAAUGUAGUAUUUGGAGAAGUUUAUAAGUAAAUGAAAAAAUGAGUGUGUUGCCUGUUAUAAGAGCUUCCAAUGCAUUUCUUGGUUUUUAUGCUUCAACAAACUUUUGUGUCCAUGUUAAUACUUCUCCAACUACUGAAUUAGAACUACAUUGAAGAUGUGUGAAGAUUGAAUGUGUUAUCAUUUCAUUCUACAAUCAAAACUGAUAUCGAUAGGUACGCAACAUACUACACAACAUAAAGCAACUUUCUCACCAAAAGCCAUUAUAAAUAAUUUAUGUAAUGAUAAUUUCACAGAUGUUUAGUAUUAAUUUAAUCUAUUCUGUUGUAUUAAAACUUUAAAAGUUAUAAAGUUGCUUAAAAGUAUUUACGUAAUAUUUUAUAGAUAUAACAAAACUAUAAAUGUAUAUAAAUUAUAAAAACAAAUUCUAUAUACUUUUUUUUAGGCUUAGAAUGGGGCUUGACCUAACCCUUAACCCCCCCUCCACUAGAUACGCCACUGUUACUUUACUCCGGCCAGUGAGAAAACGUUACUCCUCUGCACAUCUAAUUGAACGAGCCCGCGGUUUCGUGCCCAAAUUUCUCCCAUUCUACUACCUACUCGCUGUAGAAUACACGAGAACAGACGAGUUUUGAUCGCCGACUAGUAGCGUUCUCUCGCUGACCGGACAAUAGGUAUAUAUUUGUUAUAUACCUAACUAAUGCAUUUAUAUUGAUCGUUUCAUUAUUCUCGAUUUAGUAUUUAUUAGUUCAGUUCAUUUAUAAAUAAUUUAUAUAAUGUAUGAUAUUAUGUCUAAUAUAAUUUUUUUAAUUAUUAACUGUAGUGCGACCACCAUGUAAAGGUAAUACUUAAACUUUAUCAACGGUUACUCAAUUUUUUUUGUUUCACGCCGACCUAAAAAUAAAAAUAUAAUUGCAUCUCUCAUGAAUAAUUUAACCACAAUUUUAUAUUAACUAUUUAAAUAUUCAAAUAUUUAUAUGCCAAAAAAAAGACGACUGUUAGUAUUUAAUUUUAAUGCAAACAAUGUACUUGUUUUUUAUUCAAUAAUUCUUUAAAGUUAAGUAGCAAUGUUGUGACAGUCACAUGCAUUUAUUUUUCAACAUUAAGUUUUGACAUACCUAUACAUUAAUUUUUACACAGAAACUGCAGAAAAUUCUGCUUCACAUAAAUACCGUGUUACAAAUGGUACUAACACAUGCAAAGCUUUGUUGGCUACUUCAGGAUAUUCAUCUUUAAUGUUGUUUCAAUAUUUUAAAAGUGAAUAUGCAGAAGGUUUUAUUAGGUGUACCUAUCAUCCAGUAUAAUUAAACAGGAUUAAAAAUCUACAUACAAUUAUAUAAUUUCUAAUAUAAAUAAAAAAUUUUAUUUGACACCAUAGUAAUUAUAAAUAUAAAUUUUAAAAUUAAAAAUUAUUAUUUAAUAAUAAACGCCAUUAUUUUUUAAAAUACCACAUAAUGAUAUAGUGUUUAAUUUGUUUCGGCUUAUCUAUGUAUAUUUUAUGUUUUAUACAUAAUAAUAUACGUUGCACGAUUUAAUUAUUUCAAAUAUUUUUUACAAUAAGUAGUAUUAAAUUAAUAUGAUAACCAAAAAAAUAUUUAAAAAUUGUAUUAAAAUGAAAACAAUAGGAACUUUAUGAGUAGCAUCUAUUCUGAAAGAAAAUUUUGUUUAGUUGGUCAGUAAAUAAAUCAAGUUUUCACUUUCCUGGCAUUUUUCAUAAUAGUUUUCAAUUAUAAUUCAAUAGGUUUCAAUUUUGUUUUUUAUCAGAAAUAUAACAAUGAAAUUCAAAUUCAGCAACUUUUUUGAACAAAAAUUGUGUCUAGUUGUUGUAUAAAGAUGUCAUUUUUUGAUUUACUAUAUAGUUUUAGUCAUAAUUUGAAAAAAAAAACAGGAAUUUUAUUAACAUUAUACAUUUAAACAACCACAGAAACUGAUAACUAGAAUCAAAAAUAUUAAAACUUUAAAAAAAACUACUCUAUAUAAUAUAUAAAAAAAAUAGUAGGUGAGUACAUUUAAUUGGUAUGUAAAUUUUUGUGAAAGUAAUAUUAGGUACAUAAUAAUAGCAUAUUUAGUAUUUGAUGAAUAUACUAGGAUGACUAUACGUCCUGUUUUAAACAGGAUUGUCCUGUUUUUCAGCUUGAUGUCCUGUUUUUUCAAGCGGAAUUAAACAGGAUGCACUUAGUGCUGUUUUCUGUGACUGUCCUGUUUUAACACAUAAUGUGUUGGUGUGAAUAUAAAACACAUACGAAUAUCUCAAUUAGCGAUUAAUCACUAGUACACGUCUUGGUCUUGUGCAACGUGCAGUGCAUGUUUAUCCAUUUUUUACAAUGCCGAAAAAAAAGGUGCGUUUUUACUCUAAGUUUAAAAAAUGAAUUUUAUUUUUGAGAGAUGCUGAAGAAAUUGGAAAAGUGUUUUGUUCAGUAUGUAAAUAUGUAUUUUCAAUUUAAAUUGGUGGCUGAGCAGACAUAAAACAACAUGUCAUCAAAGCGAAAAAAAAUGUACGUACAGUAUCUUCUACGUCAAGUAAUGAUAACGUUACAUCUUUUUUUUUUAAAACAAUGCCCAGUUGGUUUAUCUGAUGCAAUUAAGCGUUUCACAACAAAAGAGGGGUUAUUUUCAUUUCAUACGAUCGUACAUAGUCAUUCUUUUAGAUUAAUGGACUGCAUAUCAACUAUUUUGAAACAUUUUUAUAACAAAAUAUUCUCUUGUGCUCGUACUAAAACUGAAUCAAUUAUUUUAAAAGUUUUUGCUCCUUUUGCAUUGCGACAAAUUUGUAAUGAAUUCAAAUCUGUAAAGUAUGCAACAAUUAUGAUAGAUACCUCAAAUCAUAAAAACUUAAAAGUUGUACCAAUUCGCUAUUUCAACCCGAAAACUGACGUGCAAAUAAAAAUUUUGGAAAUAAUAAAUUUAAAAGGCGAAACUGCUGAUAUUUUAACAAAUUAUAUUAUUGAGAUUAUGAAUAAAUACAAAUUAUCAGAUAAAAUCAUUGCAUUUUCUGACGAUAAUUGCAUCACAAACUUUGGAAGGCUCAAUAGGAAAGGAAUAAAAAAUGUUUUUCCAUUUCUAAAUAAAAGUUUAAAAAAUAAUAUUUGUGGCACUGGCUGCGCUGCUCAUGUUUUGCACAACGCAAUGCAAUCAAGUGCUGAUAUUUUGCCGAUCGAUGUAGAAUCUAUAGUAAGCAAGAUUUUCCAGUACUUUCAUACAUAUACUGUACGUGUUGAACAUUUGAAAGAAUUUUGUGAUUUUGCAAAUAUUGAAUUCAAAAAUAUUCUUGGUUAUGUUAAAACCCGUUGGCUAUAUUUAUCACCAGCAAUUACAAGAAUAAUUGAAAAUUUUCCUGCUUAA